UUGGCUGUGGGUGUGCACUAAAUAGACAUUUUUGAAAAAGUGUACAGCAAAAAAAGAAUUUACGCAGCUUCUCAAGAUUCUCGUAAAAAUGUUAAGGAACAGAAGGCAGUCACUAUCUAGAGAAUGUGGGGAUGAAGCUGCUGUGGAACAGAGGGGAAAGAUGCACAAGAGAGCCACGAAAUUUAAAAUGAGUCCAUACCCUGAGGUGAAGGGUGUACCUCUCAAGGAGAGCAGCCAUCGACUAAACCAACUUGCAGAGGUCAAAACAAGUCUCCAGUUUGAACUUAGUGGCCAAUGUGCCCACAAUGAUUCUACCCCUUCUAUUGAGAAUCAGAGUAGUGUUGAUCUGUCUGCUUCAUGCACGAAACUUGAGAAGUCGUCCAUUGUGAAGCCUACAGUGGAGUAUGUGGUACCGGACACACCAAAGACAAUGUCUUCGGGUAGAGAGACCAACCUCAAAUUGUUCCCCCCUCCUCAUGAAGGUGGUCCCAGUGCCGAGCCUACACUCAAGCCAAGCAGUGUGCAGCAAUUGGAACGUCACAUGACACCAAAAUAUCCAAGAGGUGGUUCCCAUGGUAACAUCGGAGAGGGCGAGACUCCACCCGCCUCUAUCACUAGUGUGUGGGACAGUGUAGUGUCGUGGAUGAAGCAAGCAGUGGAUUUUGUGACUGUAGAGGCUGACCCCACCACUCCUAUACCACAGCAGGGAAAGAAGAGACCUCAUCCUGGUGAUAUCACCCAAUCUAUUCCCGGGUCCAAAGUCCCUAAACUGACCAAUCAGAGAGCUGCCGCUAGUGGGAGAGGUGUGACAAGACAGAGCAGAAAAAGUACCAAACGAAUGUCAUUUGGUGGAUAUCAAAUGAAGCCCAGUGAAGGACUGGCAGACCUCCUGUUAAACAAGCUUCCUCCCAUCACGGAAACAACCUCUCCGCACUCGGUAAAAAUCUCUCAAAUCAAAUCCCCCACAACUCUACUGGCCAAUCAAUUCUCCCACAACCUCUCUGUCAAGUCACCACCACAAGAUGAGCCCACAGUGAGCAAUGUUGUCAACCCAUCGCUGUUCAAAUUCACCGCUCAAAAGUUCCAGUCUACAAACGAUGGCCUCAACACAAUUCUGGACGGAUCUCCGGCCGCUGUUGUCCCCCGUAAGAAAAAACCAAGAAUUCGUAGACAGUCUCUGAGCCAGUACUACGGCCGCAGUGUAGAUAGCCCUAAUCUGAGGAUAGUCCCCUGUGAACUAAUCACCGUCAGGAGGAGCCCAAGACUAGCACAGAGGAGUACACCUCUAGUGCCUGUGGUCCCACCCCCUCCACCACCACCACCCCUACCACACACUCCUCGAGCGCCCCCUCCACCCCCCACUCCCAAGAUACCCUCCAUGUAUGACUGUGACCUCAACGACACCCCCAGCAGAACAGGAGUCGACCAAUCACGUGCCAUGCUGCAGAAGAUGCAGAGUCGGCUACGCACGAGGAUGAAGAAGACAGCUGUGGGAGGUCCGGGGGACAAGGGGCGGAGUAAACAGAUGGACACUGUGGAUAUUAAGACACGACAGUGGGCGGAGAUCCAAGCUCUCAGUCGAAAAAUUUCAGUGCCUGAGUUCCUUGAAAUGGUUGAAAGUAAAAAGAAACAGACAAAAGGAGCACUGGAGGAGCUACAUUUAAAGGUUCCUCCUACAAUGGCUGGCAUCUCCAACACUGUGCAGCUCCUUCACGAUGCCUCUCAAUGGUUCUCAGGCGGUGUCAAAGAAAUGAGGGAAUGCCUCCCACUGUACAGGGCUUUGGAGAAGAAGAUUGAUGUAUUGAACGAGUUCACUCAACUGAGCAGUCAGAUACAAGACAGUUGUUCCUCUGAACUGCCUGAGGGAAUUCACUACUCGGAGCUACACACAGCUUUGUCACAUAUACGGAGUGAAUUUGACUCCAAGCAUCGUCAGUGGGGACCUGUUGUUCUCUCCAAUGCUCAGUCUUGGCAAGAGCUUGGUCUGCCCGUGUGCCCUCAAUUGAUGCUUAAAGCAAGAGGGUAUGUAUGUCAUUUGGUGGAGGUGUUUGUCAAGUACACACUGAUGGAAGCUAGCAAAAUAGAAGGAGUCCUUCUCUCCCUGAAAUGUGUCAGAACAAAACAAGUUAUGGACAGAUUGAGAGAGUGUAUGCAGCUCAUAAAGGACUCACAGUCAUACUUCCAAUUAUCUACAACUACUGACAACUGCCCUGGCUGUGAUCAAUGCAGCCCCAGGGCAUCCAUCGACAAUUCCCCACCUGUAAACUGUUUGGUGCCCACACUGCUCGAGUACAUACUGGACGUCUCUCUGUCGUACGUUACAAUCGCCCUUGGGCAGUUUGAGGGAUUCGUGAGCAAGUUUAAACGUCAGGAUGUGUGUGAACACUUCGAGUCCAUGCUCAAGAUCACCAACCUUGUCAAGAGCCUUGUGUGUGACCUCCACCAGACCAAACCCUCCCGUGUCAAGGCCAGUGGCGUCAUCUGUCUGAUCCCCAAGGGGGAACAUCUCGGUAACGAGAUCUACCGCUCCUGUGUGGUCCUCAUUCAGCACAUACUGAGCCAAACCAACAGUUGUGUCCAACAGGAAAUAUCACCCAAGAGUCAGGAGAAACUGUCUAAAGAAGUGAUCUUGUGGAUGAUGUUCGGUUGCAAGUAUGUGCAUCAGACGUUGGAAGUGUUGGGGUCAGACAAGGCCAACGCUAGGGGUGUGGCCAACCUGUUAAACGAACUACAGCAAAUGGAGAACUUAUUACCUGUAUAACUAACACUAUAAUUAUCAUGCUUUGUAUUGUACCAGGAGUACAUGAAUUUCAUGCACUCCUGAUCGUACAUAUACACGUAUUAUUUAUCUGUUUUGUAAUUAGUCGUGCAAUAAAUUGUUGAGUUUUUUUAAUGAACAUGUACAGCUGUC